AGCCGUAACUGGGCGGGCGGAGUCAAUGCGCGUCCUCCGGUCGGCAGCAGGUUUGCGGCCGCCAAGAUGAACUUCACGCUGCCGAUAACCCUCGGACUCGACAUGAUGCGGCCGGACGCGGAAUACUACGCGGUCAGCGUCUGGGUAGGCAUCGACGGAUGGAACCGCGCGGCGUUGCUGCAAGUGGGCGUCAGCUCUCAGGUGAACGAGAGCGAGUCGGGCGACCUCUCGUUCCAGGCGUGGUACGAGUGGACGCCGGCUCGGGCAAAGUUCUUCGACAUUGCGAUGGAGCCUGGCGACAAGAUGGAGGUUGAGGUGGUCAUGUUCAAUGCGACGCGGGGCAAGGUAUAUCUGGGGAACCUCUCGAGAGGCGAGUGGGUGUCGCGGGUGCUCAACGCGCCGCAGCCGGACGCGGGGCUGGUCGGGGCGACAGUCGAGUGGAUCGUGGAGGACUUUCGGAUGGUUGGGGAGCCGCGCAACGUGGCCUUUGGCGACUUUGGUGCCAUUGAGCUGCGGGACUGCGUUGCAUACACAAGCGAUGGAGAGAAGGUCGGCCCGGACCCUGGCGAGGUGUUCUGGAUCCGACAGGGCAACGCCACGCGCGCCCGAACGAUGGUGCAGGGGAGUUCUGUAGCUGUGGAAUACAAC